AUGGCGGAACAAGAUCAGAAGAAUGGGGAAGAACACGCGGUUUACUACUUAAGCAAGAAACUAUUGGAGUAUGAAACUCGCUAUACCCCAUUGAAAAAGAAAUCCAUACAAGGACGAGCAAUCUGGGUCUAUCUAUCUGCAUACCCGACCGGGGUGGAUUUACAGCCGCUAGAAGACUCAUUCCCAGAUGAAGAUUUAGCUUAUGUGGAGGAAGAUGACUGUGAAGACUGGUGGCAAUUGUAUUUUGAUGGUGCAACCAAUCAAAGAGGAUAUCGGGCAGGGAUAUUGUUGAUAACCCCAAAUGAUCUCUAUCUGUUGUCUGCAUUUUGGUUAGAAUUCCCUUGCACCAACAAUAUUGCAGAGUCUGAAGUAUGUGUAAUCGAUCUCGAAGCCACUAUGGCAUUAGAGAUUAAGAAGCUGAGAGUCUAUGGAGAUUUGUUGAUCGUGAUUUGUCAAACUCAAGGAAAGUGGAAGACAAAGGAUGAAAAGUUGAAACCUUACCCAAAACAUCUAGAGGACUUGAUCAAGAACUUCGAUGAAAUCACCUCCGAAUAUUUGCUGAGCGACAAUAACAGAUUCACCGAUGCCCUAGCUACUUUGGCUUCAAUGGGUGAAUGCACUCUAGAUACUUAA